UUAGACUAAAACCAUCCUCUUCAAAACUCUAAAUCCUUACUACUUAGCAAAAUGACAUCUUCUUCAUCUUCUAAAGUCUCAAUAAGUUCUUUUUGCUUUGUGUUGUUCAUGUUUUUGCUUAUAGGAAAUUCUUCAGCUCAACUCUCUGAAAAUUUCUAUGCUAAGAAAUGUCCUAAUGUUUUCAAUGUUAUAAACUCUGUUGUUCAUUCUGUUGUGGCUAAUGAACCUCGCAUGGGAGGAUCUCUACUUCGCCUCUUCUUUCAUGACUGCUUUGUUAAUGGUUGUGAUGGAUCAGUGCUACUUGAUGAUACAUCUUCCAAUAAAGGAGAGAAAACUGCACCUCCUAACAAAGGUUCUUUGAGAGGUUUUGAUGUAAUUGAUGCAAUUAAAUCUAAAGUGGAAGCUGCAUGCCCUGGUGUUGUCUCAUGUGCUGAUAUUGUAGCCAUUACUGCUCGUGACUCUGUUGUAAAUCUUGGAGGACCUUAUUGGAAGGUUAAACUUGGAAGAAGAGAUUCAAAAACAGCCAGCUUCAACGAUGCAAGCAGUGGUGCUAUUCCACCUCCCUUCUCUACUCUUGCCAACCUUAUCAAUAGGUUUAAAGCUCAAGGACUCUCUACUAAGGACAUGGUAGCCUUAUCUGGAGCUCACACUAUUGGUAAGGCAAGGUGUGUUGUUUAUAGAGAUCACAUUUACAAUGAUACAAACAUUGAUAGUUUAUUUGCCAAGUCAAGGCAAAGGAACUGUCCAAGGAAAAGUGGUUCAAUAAAAGACAACAAUGUAGCAUUUCUUGAUUACAAAACUCCAAACCAUUUUGACAAUGUCUACUACAACAAUCUCAUCAACAAAAAGGGACUCCUUCAUUCUGACCAAGUGCUUUACAACGGAGGUUCCACUGAUUCAUUGGUUAAAGCUUAUAGUAAUAAUCCAAAAGCCUUUGAAUCUGAUUUUGUUACUGCUAUAAUUAAGAUGGGAAAUAUUAAGCCUCUUACCGGAUCAAAAGGGGAGAUUAGGAAACAAUGCAGAAGAGCCAAUUGAAGGAUACUUAAGAAAGAAAGUGUGUCCGACAAUGAUUUAAGGUGCUUAUGUGUCAGGGUCGUCUCAAUGUCAGUCUUUCGGAUUAAAUCAAAUCAAUUGUGUGUAUUUUUUUAAAGUACAAAUAUAUAUGAUAUACCUAAAAAGUUGUGGUAUACUGGUAGAUUGCAAAGUUAUCUUUGUUGUUAAGUUUUAUUUUAUAUUUUGUUCAAGUUAGUGUAAGUUAAAUUGCAAAGCAUGUUGUGACAAAAUGUCACAUGAAGAUGUGUGUAUUGUAGUAAUCAUAUAUUAAAAUG